UAAACUACAUCUGUACCAUAUCAUAUCAACCCCACUAUAACAUUCACUCUCCACAACAUGAUGAUGAUACUAUAUAAACAGCUGGAUAUUUGAGACCUCAAGUCCUCCGUCCUAGUCUCCUUUCUUGUUGGCAGGUUUAUUAUCUUCAGUAUUCUAGUUUUCUUGAAUCAGUAUGGACUGGGAAUGGCUGAAGGAGUUCGCAAGGGGUAUGAUCAAACCAGUUGCCGCUCUGGCCGUGGUGCUGAUGGCCAUGCUCUUGUCCUAUUUGCAGAGGCUGGGAUUGGAGGGAGAAAUGAUUUAUUCAAUCUUCAGGUCUUUUCUUCAGCUAUCCAUCAUUGGCUUUGUUCUUCAGUUCAUCUUCAAUCAGAGCAGCAGCAUCUGGAUUGUUGUCGCCUAUCUUUUCAUGGUAUCUGUUGCUGGUUACACUGCUGGUCAGCGGGCUAAACAUGUACCCCGUGGCAAGUACGUGGCAGGAGCGUCCAUCUUAGCAGGAACAGCUGUGACAAUGUUCUUACUGAUUCUGUUGAAUGUUUUCCCUUUCACCCCACGGUAUAUCAUCCCUGUUGCAGGAAUGAUGGUUGGCAAUGCCAUGACUGUCACUGGGGUUACGAUGAAAAGACUCCGGGAUGACAUCAAGAUACAAAUUACCUUGGUGGAGACAGCAUUGGCACUUGGGGCUACUCCCCGUCAGGCGACAAUGCAGCAGGUGAAAAGGUCCCUGGUUAUUGCCCUUUCUCCAGUGUUAGACAAUGCCAAGACUGUAGGUCUUAUAUCCCUUCCUGGUGCUAUGACUGGUCUUAUUAUGGGAGGAGCUUCACCCUUGGAGGCUAUUCAACUGCAGAUUGUGGUCAUGAACAUGCUUAUUGGAGCUUCCACUGUUAGCAGUAUCAUGUCAACCUACAUGAGUUGGCCCUCUUUCUUUACAAAAGCUUAUCAACUACAGACCAAGGUUUUCAUUUCAGAUUGAGGUUUCCCUAGUUGAGUUCCAGAGACUACUCCUGUCCGUUCCCAAAUUGUGGGAAAGAGGAUCCAGGAUUAAGUGUCUUGUGAUUGCAUGCUAGUGGAUGUCUAAUCUCACCUAGACAAGAAGGCUUUUCACUCAAAUAUUAGGAAAUCGUUUGCUGCUAGCGAACUAUCUUUUCAUUUGUCUUCUACUUUGGAUUUCAGGCUGGUCUGUGUAUCCUAGCCCGUCCUCUUUUUUUUUUUUUCUUUUUGGGAGAGGGGGGAGGGGGGUUGUUGAUAGAAAUCCUAGCCUGUCCUAUUUCUUUUUGGAUAGAAAUCCUAGCCUAUCGUAUGGCCAAGAGUGACUAAUUUGUAUUCGAGGUCUGUUGCCGCCCUUUUUAAUGAACUACUACGGAGUAUAAGUUUGUGGGGGACUGCCUCAGAUUCCAAUUUUCUUCUUGACAGUAA